AAAAAAAAAAAAAACAGAAUCUCUCUCCUCGCCCAAUUUCUUCUUCUUCUUCAUCUUCCAACAGUGGGUUUUGAGAAAAUUCUCUCACUUCCCAGUUCUUGUUCUUCCCCUUCUCUCUAGAAAUCAUCCUUUUUUUUUUCAAAAGGAGAGAGAGAAAAAGAGGAAAGAGGGGGAACGCUUUAUAUGCCUUUGGGUGUGUGAAAAUUCUCUCUCUCACUUUAUUAAAAUCAUGGCAGAAGAAUCUUCAAUCUAGGGUUCGUUCUUCGGACCAACUUCCGAUCCCAAUUCCCCCCAGUUCUUAAUCGCCUCUUUUCCUGAGGUUUUUCGCCCCCCGUUAUGGUUAAUUUCAGCUAGGUCUUUCGGAUUUCACGAUUAGGGGUUUUUUUGUUUCUGUUCUGUUUCCGAUGGAAGAGGUUGAAGAAGCUAAUAAAGCGGCCGUGGAGAGCUGCCACAGAGUGCUGAAUCUGCUGUCUACGCCGCCGCAAGAUCAGUCGAAGCUCAGAAGUUUAAUGGCGGAAACAGGGGAGGCUGUGUUCAAGUUUAGGAAAGUUGUGUCGCUUCUGAAUUCUUCUGGGUUGGGUCAUGCAAGGGUUAGGAAGCAGCUCAAGAAGUUUCAGUUUCAGUUUCAGUUUCAGUUUCAGUCUCAGUCUCAGUCUUCCCCUUUUCUUCCCCGCACCAUGUUGUUGGAAAAUCCCCCAAAUUGCAGAACGGACCUCCUCCAGGGGAAGAAUUUGCAGAUGGGUCCUCUCUGUUUGAGCUCAAAUGGGAAGAGUUCUCUCCAACAAGCUCAAUCUGCUUCUGCCCACUAUCACCACUUCCUUCAGCAGCAGCAGCAGACUAGGGUGUUGCUUCAGAAUAAUCCACAGGCUGAAAUGAUGUAUCAUCUUAGGGGGAAUAAUAGUGGGAUUAACUUGAAUUUUGAUAGCUCUAGCUGCACACACACAAUGUCAUCAACUAGGUCCUUCAUUUCCUCCUUGAGCAUUGAUGGGAGUGUGGCGAAUUUGGAUGGGAGUGGCGCGUUCCAUUUGAUCGGGGCGCCCCGGUCCUCAGAUCAGAAUUCCCAUCAUAAGAGGAAGUGCAGUGGGAGAGGGGAAGAUGGGAGUGUAAAAUGUGGAAGCAGUGGAAGAUGUCACUGCUCAAAGAAGAGGAAACAUAGAGUGAAGCGGUCGAUUAAGGUGCCUGCGAUAAGUAACAAGCUUGCGGAUAUCCCUCCUGAUGAUUAUUCAUGGAGGAAAUAUGGCCAGAAGCCAAUCAAGGGAUCUCCUCACCCGAGGGGAUACUAUAAGUGCAGCAGCAUGAGAGGUUGUCCAGCGAGGAAGCACGUCGAGAGGUGUCUCGAGGAACCUUCAAUGCUCAUUGUAACAUAUGAAGGUGAACACAACCAUCCCAGAAUACCUUCUCAAUCUGCAAAUACAUGAAAACUCCACGAAGACAACUACACCGCCCGAAUGUGAUUUGAAGAUCUCCGCAUAAUGUAGCGGAACCGAGACAAGCGUCCCCGAGUGUUGCUGUACAUAUGGAAUACUUUUUGGAGCAGCAUUGUAGCGUUUUUUGAGAGGUGGGUUUCAUUGCAAAAGCCUCUUUUAAAUGAUUUGGGAAGCAGUCAGAAUCAAGAGAUGGGUUACGUGGAUUAGGGUGUGAAUGUAAAAUCUUGAAAACUUUCAUCCUUUUCUGCAAUCAGUGCCUGAAAACAGCUUUGUUAUUCUAAAUGAAUGGAGGAGUCCUUCUAGUUUGGAAUUUCAGGUUUUUUCUUUUAAUUCCUUUUUUUAUUUUUUAUUUUUUGGUCCCUAAUUUUUGUUCAUUUUGCAUAAAAAGUUAGUUUUGGUUCCUAUGGUUA